ACAACAGCAGCAGUCGCGUGUUACAUAGCCUAUGUGAGAGCCAGCUCGCCGCCUACUCCACACUGCAACAUUUUUAUUGAGUUUGACCAUACAGUUGUAAGUAGCUGGAGACAGUGUUAGGAGUGAAGGUUCCAGCGCUUGUUUGUGUUGCUAACUACGGGAUUACUGUGGUGUGGACUGGCUUGUGCCACUCUACUCACUGCCGUCCCUCUUCAUUACAUCACUGUUUAAAGUCACGUGUGAAGAACCAGGCGAACCAGAAGUGAAUGAUGCUGUCGAGAACCUCUAUCCUCAGCCAUUACAUGAAAGGGAUGCUGAUUCCUCGGCCAUGCAGAGCGAUGUCAUCGUCAACUAAGAGUCAUGAAGCUGGAGACUCUGCUCCCAAGAAAGCCAAGACCCCCAUAGGUAAGCUUGAUGACCAAGAAACUCCAGAGGGACAGCAUCCCUAUCAGGAGAAGGAGCCCCUACCAGCCUUCCCUGACAAUAUCAACCCUGCCACAGGAGAAGUAGGAGGCCCAAGGGGACCAGAGCCCACACGCUAUGGAGAUUGGGAACGGAAAGGCCGCGUCACAGACUUUUGAACCUUCUCUUUAUGAUCCUAGAGACAAUAUAUAUUUAGAUUUGAUUGAACCCAACCAAUGAUUUUUAUUGGUUCAAUGAGGUGUACAAUUACUGCAUGAUAAAGUAGAAAGUUGUGCUGUUGAACUACCUCAGUUUUGUUGUGAUUAGACGUUUGAGUUUACAUACCAUAAUUUUGUUGCUUCUUGUCUAAUCUUUACUUGUGCAUUUAUUGUUCAUUGCAUGACACCUUCACUUUCAUGCAUAGAUCUGAAUAGUUGGCAACAUCCAGAUGUAGGAAUGUGAAAACUAAAGCUAUUUUUCCAUUUCUUCAAGUAUGACCUUGACAAGUGUCUUCUCUCCUCCCAUUCUGCUAGCUGAAUGGAAGAGUAACAGCUUGUGAGUGUGACAUUAUCUAAGGUGUUUGAUCAGAAACUUAAAUUUGUAGCAGCAGAAUUUUGGCUGAGGUGUGUCCAUUGUUCAUCACCAGAGAUGUGUAUUCUCGGUGAUAGUUCAUAGCAUGCUACUUCAAGCUGUUUCAAACAAGAAUGAAUUUCCAAUCCAAUAUUUUAAGUCAACUUUAUUCACACAUUAUAUUAAUGAUGAGUUUGUAAUUUAUAUUAAUGAUGGAUUUGUAAUUUUUCAUGAGGAAAUUUUUUGUUAAAUAAUUACCUUUUGUGUGUACAUACAGAGUGUUGUAAAUAUAAUAUACCAAAACCUAA